AUGCAUACACAGUACCUAUACAUACUGUGUACACAUGUGCAUAGAUGGAGGGAGGGAGGGAGAGAGAGAGAGAGAGAGAGAGAGAUAUAUAUAUAUAUAGAGAGAGAUCAAACUUUUGUACAUGAGGACUUGCGAAAGUCGGUGACAAAGAACAAGCACCCUUGGCUGUACGACCGGGCGCUUCGCAACCAGCCGGAGAUCCCAGCUGGCGAGAUUGUGGCAGUUUGCUGGAAGAAGCAGAUGCUGGCCUGUGGCUUUCAUGACCCAACGUCACCUCUCCGCGUCCGCCUGCUGUGGUGGCCUGAGGAUGGCCCGCCCAUGCCAGGCGACCCUUCCUGGGCCCAAGGCAUUGCCCGCCGUGCAGCUGCAAGGCGCCAGAAGGAUGCAACGCUGCGGUGCUCGAGCGGAUUGCGGCUGCUGCACGGGGAGGCCGAUUGGGCCCCCGGCCUCGUCCUCGAUGCUUACGGUGACCGCGCGGUCUGCGCCUUCGAUGGGGUCGGGGCGGAGGCUUUCUGGCGCCCCAGGUUGCCCAGCAUCAUCGAAGCCUUCGGCGAAGCUGGAUACAAACUCUCCGGCGUGAUCAACAAGGACGGCACCGAGACGCUGUGGGGAACUGCACCGUCAAAGGAAGCUUCCCGCUUCGAGGAGAACGGCGUCGUCUACGAGGUUGACGUUUGGCACGGCCACAAGACGGGCUUCUUCCUGGACCAACGCCCCAAUCGGCUUCGCCUCCGGGAGUUAGCAGCCGGGAAGGACGUUCUGGAUCUCUUCAGCUACACCGGUGGCUUCGCCGUGGCAGCAGCUCUCGGGGGCGCACGAGUCUGCUGCGCGGUGGAUUCUGCCAGGAAGGCUGUUGAGGCUUGCCAGCGUAACUUCCGUCUGAACGGGCUUCAUGCACAGGUCUGUUCCGGCACUGAGCAGUCCCAGACCACACAGAAUAUGAUCCACCUGGCGGAUUGCUGGGAGUUUCUCCGAGAUGCUGCGGAAGCCAAAGAUGCUUUCGACAUCGUCGUGUGCGAUCCUCCGUCCAUGGCCCCGCGAGCCAGCGCGAAGCCAAAGGCCCUGAAGGCCUACGGCUCGCUGAAUCAGGGCGCUUUGAAAGUCUUGCGGCCGGGUGGCCGGCUGAUUAGCUGCUCUUGCAGUUCCCACAUCACGCGUAAGGAUCUGCUGAACACCGUUGAGGAGGCCGCACAGCUCUUGGGUCGUGCCGUGGUCCUGGAGGAAGAGGGCUCGGCCGGGGCAGACCAUCCGACUCGGCGUGGCUUCCGCGAGGGCGAGUAUUUGCAGGUCCUCCACUUCAUCGUUCAGUGA